AUGUCCCAAUUACAAGAGAAUAUUAUCAUCUCAAAGACCUUGCUAACAUUGGAUAAAUAUAAAAGCCUCGACCACUUGAAGCGAGCAGUAGUUGAUAACGAAUAUAUUCCUAGCAGCUCCAAGUUCUUACGAUCUCUAUUGUGGAAAACCGUAUAUAUUACGGAGAGUUUGAACAUCCAACUAUGGCAGAAUAAGUUGAACGACACGCGAAGGGUGUACCAUAAACUAAUUCAAGAUGACGAUAUGACGAUACCAUGGUAUAAAUUAGAAGCCGACAAUACCUACUAUAAUCCAGUGGAGCUUGGUAGAAAUUCAAGUUUACGAAGAAAGAAGAAACUUAACGGGGCUAGCGUUAAGAAGUCCAAACUUGCAUUGGUUCAAGUCCAAACAAGUGAUGAUCCAUUGGGUGAAAAUAGCAGCGAACUGAACUUCAAUCACCUUGAACAUGAUGACGAUCUGGAACUCUUGAGAACCAUAAUAUUGGACAUUGAUAGACUCUUUCCUGGCGAAGAAUAUUUUAACAACCGGUUCUACAAGCAACAGAUUAUCGAAAUAUUGUACGUGUGGGCUAAAUGUAAUCCUAGGAUUGGAUAUAAGCAAGGCUUCCAUGAAAUUCUAGGCCUAAUCUACAUCAAUUUUAGGAAGGAUUCAGUGAGCAUCCCUAACACUAACACAUUCUGCUCGGAAGAUAUAAGAAUUUUGAGUUUGUUUGAUGUCAAAUACUUGUGUCAUGAUCUAUUCACUGUUUUCAACAAGUUUAUGGUUAAUACUUCGAUUAUAUCCCAUUUUUAUGAGAAUGAGUACACUCUUAUGAACUCAAUACAGUCUUUCAAUAAGUCCUUGAUGAAAGUAGAUCAGUUAAUCCACUACAACUUAAUUUCCAAGUUAAAAUUAGAAUCUCAAUUAUGGUGCAUUCGAUACUUUCGGCUCAUAUUGUCAAGGGAAUUGGGCAAUGACUUGGCAGUCACAAAUAUGCUUUGGGAUAAGCUAAUCACUAUAGAAGGUAGCAGAGUUCCGGCUCUCUUGAACUUCUUGAUUAUUGUCCUAUUGAUCAACGUUAAAUCUGAUUUGAUAGUAUGUGAUUUCAGUGAAUGCCUUUCACUACUCUUGCAUUACCCGAUCAAGUUUGGAACUGGGAAAAAAAGUUAUGUAACAUUCAUCCACGACAUUUUUACUGAUGCUAACAGAUUGUUAAGCGUAAAGGAUAACGAUUUGGAACUAUAUGAGUGUGGGAUGAAAAUUAAUGCAAAGCUUAAUCCAGACUUAAACAUAUCUUUAAGUUACAAUGGCAGAACUUCCGGAGAGUCAAUGAGAUCAAGAACGAGUUCUCCAGGCACAAGGCCUUCUGAUGAAUCGAACCGGGGAACUAUGGGUUCAAAGGACUCAAAAGCUGAAAAGAUGGCUUUUGAAAAGUACAGAAUGGAAAUGAGGUUGAAGAAAAAAGCUCAACUGUUAAUGAGACCUUAA